CGCUGGUGGGCCGGGCCGUUCACGUCUCCAAGGAUACAGCGUGAUUAGUUAUAGGCAUUGGAAAAGCCCGUUUGUGCUUCCUCACUGGACUAUCAAAUGCAAGACUGUUGCUUGAACCGGGCUAAAAGCCCGCAUUGACGGAGAAAGGCCCAAAACCAGAGUCUUUCUUACUUCUCCUGCCGCCUUAUCUCAGCCGCCCAAGCGCGGGAACCAUCCGGCCGCCGGCUACCUCUUCCACCGCAGAUGUUGAAGCAAUUGGCUGGCCGGACAGUGGUCACUGUCACUUCUGUGCUUCCAUCUCUCUUCCCUCCAAAACCCUUUUCCCGCCUUCCUACAAUAAAGCUGCUUCCGCCCAAUUCUUUGUCCCUCGCUUCUCCUUCUUCAUCCAGACCACGGUUCUACUCCUUGGUUUCGCAAAUUUCUCAUCAAAGGGGGAUUUUUGAUGGAGCCAGCUUUGAUCCGUACUAUUUAUCUUGCUGUAUGCCUGAAAAGCGCCUCAGGGUUGCUGUUCUGCUCAGUGGGGGAGUGGAUAGUAGUGUCGCUCUUCGGCUUCUCCAUGCUGCCGGCCAUGAAUGUACUGCCUUUUACCUCAAAAUCUGGUUUCAGGAAGACUUUGAGAACUUUUGGUCAGAGUGUCCUUGGGACGAGGAUUUGAAGUAUGCAAGAGCUGUUUGCAAUCAGGUUGAUGUACCAUUAGAAGUUGUGCAUUUGACUGAUGAAUACUGGAAGAAUGUGGUGUCUUACAUUAUUAAGGAGUACCAAUGUGGUCGUACUCCUAAUCCAGAUGUGCUAUGCAAUACGCGAAUUAAAUUUGGUGCUUUCAUGGACGCUGUGAAUGGUAUGGGAUUUGAUUAUAUUGCUUCUGGGCAUUAUGCCAGUGUCAUUCACCCAUCUUCAGAUGAAAUGAAUGAGCCUUCUGUUCUGGAGUUGUCAAAAGACAUGGUGAAGGAUCAAACUUACUUCCUUUCGCAUUUGUCACAAGCUCAACUAAAGCGCCUGAUUUUCCCACUAGGCUGCAUUCCAAAGGAAGAGGUACGUAAACUUGCUACAACAUUUGAUCUGCCUAACAAGGACAGAAAGGAUUCACAAGGAAUAUGCUUCUUAGGAAAGAUCAAAUUUAGUGAGUUUGUUGCGAGACAGAUCGGGGAGAAAGAAGGUAUCAUACUUGAAGCAGAGACAGGCGAUUUCCUUGGUAUGCAUAGAGGAUUUUGGUUCUACACAAUUGGUCAGCGACAGGGUCUUCGACUUCCUGGUGGUCCCUGGUAUGUUGUUGACAAGGAUGUUAAUAACAAUGUAGUUUUUGUCUCAAGAAACUACUUCUCCAUCGACAAGAACAGGCGAUCAUUUCGUGUUGGCUCGCUGAAAUGGCUUAGUGAUAGACCUCCUCAGGAAACAUGGCAGCUUCAGUGCAAGGUCAGGCACGGACCAGGGUUCUACAAUUGCAAUGUGACUAUAGAGCAGAGUGAAGAUGAAGAUGAGGAAGUUGCAGUUGUCCAGUUGUCGGAAGAUGAUCAAGGUCUAGCUGCAGGGCAGUUUGCAGCCUUCUACAAUGGAAGAACAUGUAUAGGCUCUGGCGUGAUAUCGGAAUCAUGGGAUGAUCAAGGCUUCCCUGUCUGUGAAAAGGCCAUGGAAAUAGCUAAACUAGAAGACAAAUCAAAGCUGGGGAAACCAGUUAAGAUAAAAGUGAAGCCAGAGAGUCCUUUGGAGGACGAAUCUGUUCAAAAAGACGGGACAGAAAUAGAAAUUGCAGUUGGGAGCUAAGCAAAUAUCCAGUGUCAGGCUCUGAUAAAAUUCUGGCCGACAUUAAUAGAAACAGAUCAAUUGAAGAAUCUGAAAACCUUUGAAUCCUGUCUUUUUGGUUUAAAAAAAUGUUAUUCUUGUAUCAUAGCAGAGUAUUUGAGCUAGCUAAGUUAAGAAACCCUACCUGUUGAGGGUACUGAGCAUAACCAGCAUAUCCAUUGUAAGCAAAACCCUAAAAACCCUGAAUUCAACGGCUGCACUUUUGCCAGUCUUCCCAGUCUGCAACUGCUAAAUACAUGAAUUCCUAUUUA